UUUUUAAUGUUUUUAGGAUUAAAAAAAAAAGAAAAAUAUGUAAUUAAAGAAGCGUCGUAGCUUAAUUAAGCUUCACAGGACACGGUGCUUAUGAGACACGUGUCGGACCCAGGUCUCUUUCUCUCUCUCUGUUUGCAGGGUUCACCAUCGUCGUCACUGCUAAUCUCAUCUCUGUCCAUGGUUUGAUUCGUCAUAUGUCUAGGAAGAACCGUCUUCUCCAAUUCGUCCCCUUCGAUCGCAUACUGGAACCCUAAAAUUGGCUUACCCACGAAGCAAAAUUGAAAAUUUUUCAUCAAAAUCAAAAUUGCUCAAAGUUUGAGACAUCUAUGGGACCAAACUCAAACUCAAGGAAAAUACUGAGAGAUUUGACAAAGGCAUCUCUAUCAGACGCUGGGUUAUCUAUUGUUGCUGUCUUCAUUAUGAUGCUUUUGUUCGGAAUGGAGCUGAGUAGUUAUUUGGCAGUCGACACUACCGCAACUGUCGUCGUUGACAAGAGCGUUGAUGGUGACUUCUUACACAUUGAUUUCAACAUCAGGAGCUGUCGAACUGUGCAACAGGGAAGUUUAUAAAGGUUUACACAGGACAUACCAACAAAGUAUUCUGCAUCACAUCCACGUUUUCUGUGACCAACGGCAAGUACAUUGUGAGCAGAUCUGAAGACAACUGUGUGUAUCUGUGGGAUCUUCAGAAUAAAACUAUACUGCAGAGAGUGCAAGGCCACACGGACGCAGUGAUCUCUGUCAGUUGCCAUCCUGUUCAGAACGAGAUUGCUUCAUGCGCUAAUCAUUUGGAUAAAACGAUCAGGAUAUGGAGACAUGAUGCUUGAGAACAUGAGUUUGAAUAUACAACAUAUGUGUGUGUGUGGAAACAACUAGAUUUGAUCUUACAUGAAACAAUGUUUUUUUUUUUUAAGAACCCCUAAAUAG